AUGCCCCUUCAUCCCGUACUAUCACGCCAAGCUCACCGCAUGCUCAACAUGAUGCCAACUCUGGGUCUGCCUCAAAUGCAAGUGAUGGAGGAGUUGGAGAUCCUAUGCUUGAAACUUUUUUCAGAAAUUAAUCGAGUUCGAGUGUCUUUAUUCCAGUUUGAGUUCGCUAAAGAUGCGAUGGCUAACCUUCCUGAGCCGGAGGGUGAGUACAACUUUGUGGGAAGGAUACUUGGGCCGAGGGGCAUGACCGCUAAACAGUUGGAACAAGAAACUGGGUGUAAAAUUAUGGUGCGUGGGAAAGGAUCAAUGCGGGAUAAAAUUAAGGAGGAAGCCAAUCGGGGCAAACCCAAUUGGGAACACUUGUCGGAAGAUCUUCAUGUACUUAUUCAGUGUGAAGAUACACCGAAUAGGGCUGUCUUGAAGUUAAAACGCGCAGUCGCAGAAGUCAAAAAACUGCUAGUUCCGUCGUCAGACGAUGAUGAGUUAAAACGUAAACAGUUGAUGGAAUUAGCAAUAAUCAAUGGGACUUAUCGCUCAAACAGUUCAAAUCAACCUGGUGCUGCACAAGUUGCAGCAGUGGCCAAUAAGAAUUCACUUGCUGCCAUACAGCGGCUAAUGGCUCCGGUUCCAUUAGCAGCAGCUGCUCAGCCUGGAAGUCUUCGAUCACCAACUCUGGCUGGUGCUCCAAUAAUUUUGUCACCAUCGAGAUCCGCAUCUAAUGCGCAGACAGCAGCCAGUGCUGCAGCAGCGGCUGCUCUGGCAGCCCAGCUUCAGGCAGUUGCAAGUCAACAACAACAGCAAAAUGCUGCAGCAUUGGCGUUUUCACAACAAGCAACAAGCACCGCUACACCUUCUGUUGCAAGCCUUCCUGCACAGCUAUUACAACAGCCAGCCAUAGCCCAAAGUGACUACGGCCAGUUGUAUUUAAACUCACUUCAAUACGAUCCUACUGGAGCUGCCUAUGCUGUACCAGUUAGUAACGCAGCAUCACUUCAAGUACAACAACAGUAUGCAGCUGCAGCACUGCUUGGUGUUACGCCUUACAUAGGCGAUUAUUCUACCAUGGAUUUAUCCAGUGCUGGUCAGUUAUCCAUAAAAAUUCCUUGGGCUAUGUUAUCUAACCAGCGUCGAGUUCUCGGCCAAGCCAGGGACCACCCGUAUGCAGCUGGAAAGAGUACCACAUCUUAG